AUGCUUCGAUACAUUUCAAUGCAUUUCUUAAUCGCAAUUCCAUUUUCUCCUCUUUCAGAAGCAGCCUUUGGCCAUUGGCGUCAUCACUCUCUCGCACUUUUUAGUGCUUCCUUUCGAGGUGAGCUUCCUCCUCCGACAGACGUCUGGUUGCCAUUGGUUGCUGGGUGCUGGGUGCUUCGGCUCUUGGCGUUUGAGCUGGUCUGGGCCAUUCCUAUGCCCAGUUUGACUGGCCCAUCUGCGCCGUUUCACCAGUCCUCUAAGCCGAAGAGCCAACCAUGCACAACCCUUGCGCUUGUCUCGUUGGUGCUCAUGCACAUGCCAUUUUUUGCUAUUGCCCAAAUCAGCUCAUCUGCCCACGGACCACUUUGCCCCAUUUUACUUUACUCACCAUUUGCUUUUGCUUCCUAUGUCCAGGUUGUUCGAGAACUUCUUGUCGGCUCGAGGCAGAUCCGCUCCCUCACGAACAUGUUUCACACGGACUGGUCGUCGAUCGACUCAUGCGUUAACGGUUAG